UCAGAGCACAAGCCGUAUUGGCGAUUAUGUUGCAAGGAUCUCUGUUCUCUUUUGGACUUUCUUUCCAUGUAACAUUUUUCUCCAGAAAUGAAGGAAGUAUUUGUUUUGCUUUCAGUGCUGUUAGUCAUUGCGUCCUCUCGCACUGAUGAGGAGUUCAGCUGUAAAUCCAAAGAAUGUCUUCCUGCUCGAGCCGUCUCUGAUUUCAAGAGGGAUUGUAAAGAUCGCUCAGACGAGGAGUUUUGUGGGUCAUGUGAUUUUGAGCUUCACUCCUGCGGAUGGAACGACACCAGUGAUGGUUCCUAUCGCUGGAGACGGCAGAUGGCAAACGUCACUUUAAUACCUGGACAGGACCACACGACAGGAAGUCAAAGUGGUCAUGUCAUGCAUGUAGAUGGCAAACAAGGCAAUUUCCUUUCAAAGGCCAUUUUAGAGUUUUCUGUGUCCAACCAGGCAGCUUUGGGUUGCCAGAUCAGCUUUUGGUACCACAUUUACGAUAACAAGUCUUCAUCAUCUUCAUCGCCCCUUACAUUAACAAUGGUCCGAGGCUCCUUAAUAACAACACUGGAUACGAUUUCUAAAAGUCACACUGACGAUUGGGAGAAAUCCACGGCCUUCCUUGGUAAUCAGCCAGGAGGAUAUAAGCUGCAGUUUUCAUUCAGCCAACCUUUUUUAGAAGUAAAGGAUGUAAUGUUGGAUGACAUCAUCUUUGAGUACUGCUUAGAGGGAGACGUCCCCGCAGGGUCAGACAGACUCUCGUGUGAUUUUGAAGAUAACAGCUGUUCAUGGUACCAUGAUUAUACUGCCAGCCUGCUGUGGAAAAGGAGUGAUGGGGGAUAUGAUCAGGGCCCUGCUGGCAAUGGUUCCUACAUGCUCAUAAGUACUAAACUCAUGGUGGAUAGCUCAUCAGCAGCCAGACUCAUCAGCUUCCCUCAGCCUGCAGGUCCAGUCAUAUGUGUGAGCUUCUGGUAUCACAUAUUUGGCAACAGCAUCGGUUCAUUGAAGAUUAUAACAAAGCGUCCUGACGAAGCAGAGACUGUCGUAUGGAUGAGAAGUCACACACAAGGAAACAAAUGGAGAUUUGCAGAUCUGACCUUCAAAAGUGAAAAGCCAACACAGUUCAUAAUAGAAGCUGUGGUAGGUGGGGAACAAGGCAGCAUAGCCAUUGAUGACAUAAUGGUUACCAGCGGUGAGAAUGGAUCUUGUCCAGCAGAGAGAGAGUGCACCUUCCAGGGCUCUUUGUGUGGUCUGCUGCCUGAGCCGUCUGCCAACUUCACCUGGAGCCGCAUCACCGGCGCGACAAAACCCUCAAACUCCUCAAGCCCCGCCGCAGAUCACACGCUAGGGACAGAGCAAGGUUAUUACCUGAGUGCCCAUCUGUGGAGCCACUCCGAGGGGUCCACAGGAGCGGUGAUGACAGCGCUGAUGGAGCCCACCCCUCCUGAAGGAGAGUGUUUAAUGUUCUGGUAUUACAUGGAGGGAAGUGGAGUGGGGGAACUUAAUGUUUACCUACAAACAUCCGACAACAACAGACCCUCUACCCAGCUGUGGACCAGAAGAGGAGAUCAGGGGGAGCACUGGAGACAUGGAAGAGUGACGCUCCUCAGCCCCAGUACCCCCUAUCAGGUUGUGUUUGAAGCAGUAGUUGGGGAGAAUCCGUGGAGAGAUAUCGCUCUUGACGACCUCACGGUCUUAAAUGACGCCUGCCCCCCACCCGGUUUUUGUGACUUUGAAAUGGACUUGUGUGGUUGGGUGAACAGUCCUCCAGCAGAGUCCGGAGUGGACUGGGACUGGCUCUCAGGUAACAUUGACGGUCGUUUCAUUCCUGAUAGAGACCACACCACAAAUUCUGCCCUGGGCCAUUUUGCUUUCUUCAUUUCAUUUGAGCCUGAUAGAGAGGAAAUUGCCCGACUGGAGAGUGAGACGAUGGAGGCAGUGGACCGAGCUUGUCUGGAGAUCUGGCACCACGCUGAAGCGUGGAACAUUAAUAAGCCUUCAAGCAUUACAUUGACAGUGUUUGUGAAUGAGACUACUGAACUGCGUCGUGUGUGGAGUACACAGGGAUAUACAAACAGUACAUGGAUCCAAGACAGGGUGGAUUACAAUGCAUCAGGGCGCCACCAGAUUAUUUUACAAGCCAGUUGUCCAAAGUCAAAGGAUGGAAGCUUUGCUCUGGACGACGUCCACAUCAUCAGGGACACAUCCUGUGAGGACAUGACACCCACCACCACCCCAAAUCCUUCCCCUACCACCACUGCUUCUGCCUCCGCCAUGGACUGCACCUUUGAACAAGGUCUAUGCAGCUGGGUCCAGGAGAUCAGUGAUGGUUUGAACUGGACUCUCAGUAAUGGACUUCAAGUCAACCAGCCAUGGGAUGGACCUCAGUAUGAUCACACUGUUGGAAAUAAUCAAGGUUUCUUCUUACUGCUGAAUGGAUCUGGACUAAAGGAUGGAGAUAAAGCAGUGAUCUCUGUUCCUAUCAAUGAUGUAACAUCAGAUGUCUGUGUUGGAUUCUGGUUUUACAUGCUCGGGCCUUCAGUAUCCAGCCUGGACCUGCUGGUUCAGACAAAAUCUGCUGAAGAUUUAGUCUGGACUCGCAGAGGGACCCAGAAUCCAGGGUGGAUUAAAGCACAAGUAUCCAUCAGCACGCACGAUACUACACAGUUAAUGUUCACCAGCCAUAGAAACUCCAGCAGCAAAGGAUUCAUCGCUAUUGAUGACAUAACAGUGAGGGAGGGGUUUUGUAAUAAUAAGGAUUUGUGCGGUUUUGAAUCCAGCUGGUGUGGCUUUGAGAACAAUGUGGGACAGAAAGGUCACUGGGGUCGCAAAAAAGCCACAAAACAUCAGGUGGAUCACACCUUCGGAACUGAAAAUGGCUUCUACAUGACUGUGAUGACACCGAAUUGGAGACAGAAUGCAGUAGCUCAGCUGCUCACACCUGCUCUCACCUCAGCUAAAGAGAUGUGUGUUCGCUUCUGGUACUGGUUACCCGCAGGGCUUUCCAACAGCUUCUCUGUGCACGUGAUGCGGAACGCAGAGACAGGCGACGCACUUUGGCAUCGAUCCGGAUCCCCCUCCACUGGGUGGGAGGUGGCAGAAGUCACUGUGUCCUCUCCUGCAAAAUUUUAUGUGGUGUUUAAAGCAGUUCACGGGCCUGACUCGAGCGCCGCGGUGAGAUUAGAUGAUGUUUCCAUAAGGGAUGGGGCUUGCACUCCUCCAGGCAGCUGUGACUUUGAGUCUGGACAGUGCACCUGGAUCAACAUUCACAAAGACAAUGGUCAUGACUGGGUGCUGGCCCGUGGAGACUUCCUGGGGCCACUAACAGACCACACCACUCAGACUCCAGAGGGUCAGUUCUUGUUGAGCUCAUCACUGCACCAAAACCACAGAAGUCUAGCUCAGGUUUUGUCUGAGUGGAUCCACCUGAGAGACACCCCCUCCUGUCUCACGUUGUGGUACCAAAUGAACAGCAGUGACUCUGGGACACUGAAGGUGUAUCUGCGUUCAGGUCUGUCGGAGGCUGAUCUGAUGUUCAGCACUACCAGUAGUGGACACAGCUGGACAAGAUUCAAUCAGUCUAUAGAGAUCAGCGAACCUUUCCAGCUGCUGAUGGAAGCCGACGCUGACACCAGAGGAUUUAUUGCCAUUGAUGACAUCAGUGUCACACCAGGCCUUUGUCCAGUAAAUGAAACAAGUUUAGGAUUUGUUGGUUGUUCAUUUGAAAACAACACAUGUGGAUGGGAGGACAUCAGUGAUGGCCAACUUCAGUGGAUAAGAAGGAAUGCUGCUGGGAACACUGGACCCCCUGUCGACCACACAGUGGGCACUGAACUGGGUUGGUACAUGGCCGUAGAGCCUGACCAAGGAACUCAAAUGAGCCCUGCUGCCGUGCAGAGUCCCACCAUGAAACAGGCCAGCACCACCUGCACACUGCACUUCUACUACAACAUGUUUGGACAGGACGUACAAGAGCUGAAUGUCCUGCUGAAGGAGGGCCCCAGGACCACCAUACUGUGGUGGCUUGCUGGUAACCAUGGAGAUUCGUGGCAUCACGGUGAGGUCACAGUUGGAAGAACCCCUCAGGACUUCACUAUCCUGUUUGAGGCCUCGGGGGCCUUCAAUAAGCUCGGACACAUAGCUAUAGAUGACAUAUAUUUCACCAACUGCACUCUGCCUGAGCCGCAGCCCCAGUGUCCACAGAAUAUGUUCAUGUGCGAUAACAGUGUGUGUAUAGAGCACAACCAAGUGUGUGACUACAGUGAUGACUGUGGGGACUUGUCUGAUGAGAUCAAAUGUGAGCAACAAGGUUUCGAGGAGCGCUGCAGUUUUGAGCGAGGCCUGUGUUCCUGGAUGGGGAGCGACGUGGACACACCUGGAGCAGAGUGGAGCCAUCACAACGGACAGGAAGCCUGGCCCAAAUAUGGGCCUGCGAGAGAUCACACCCAAAACACUGGUGCAGGUCACUACAUUGUCCCUGGGACUCACCUGACAGAGGAUGGCCAGACGUCAGAGAUUCUCUCCAAAACUUUACUGCCCAGCUCCAACUGCACUGUGAGAUUCUUCUUCUUCAGCCUUGAUGAUGCCUCAGCCAGACUGACGGCCCAGUCCAGGACGCAGCGCUCUGGCAGCGAUGACACUGUGAUGUGGCUCAGGGAGGACUCACAGUCUUACAGCUGGCAGAAAGCAGAGGUCACAUUCUCCAUCUCCGUCAAUAGCAAGAUUGUCUUUAGGUAUGAGCGAGUGGAUGAACGCAGAGGACUCGUCGCCCUGGACGACAUCUCUUUCUCCAGGGAAUGUUUAUUUGAUCCUGACAACAACAAACUGCCUGACACAUCACCAACCCCUGCACCACCCACAUCCCCUCAAACACCCAUGAGUCCAGCUUCAACCUCAACCUCAACCGCACCCACCAAUCCCUGUCAGGAGGAUGAGUUUUUCUGUUGGCGUUCAGCCGGAGAACAGAGGUGUAUUCAGGCUUCUUUAAAGUGUGAUUAUUAUUCACACUGCCCCCAGGGAGAGGAUGAGGAUGGCUGUGGUCCGUGCACAUUUGAGAGGGACCAGUGCCAGUGGGCUGACACCGGCGUUGGACCGAGCAGGUGGCAGAGACGGAAAUCCAGUCACAACAGUGAGCCGCCCACAGACCAGACCACUGGAACUGGCUACUACAUGGGAGUGAAUUUCAGUGAGGGCUCCACUCAGAGUGAGGCCAGACUUCAGAGUCCCCCACUCGCCCCUUCUUCACUCUACUGCCAGAUGAAGUUUCACUUCCAUAUCAGCGCAGAGAAUGCUGGGUCACUCAGAGUGCUUAUGCAGCAAGCUGAGGGGAGUGAAGCAAUACUGUGGUCACGCAGUCACAACACGGAGUCCCACUGGACCCCAGAGCAGCUGCCGCUCGGCCUGCACCAGCGGCCUUAUAAGGUUUGGUUUAGUGCCUUAAAUGAAGAGACUCAGGCGGACUCUACUUCUGGAGAUCACAGUGUUGCAGUGGAUGAUAUCUCUUUUGUCAACUGUGAAGAAUCCUACCAACCACCAGCUCUGUCCACCAAUGGCUGUUCUUUUGAACACGGGCUGUGUGGUUGGUUUCAGGGCGCUGACGAUGAGUUGGACUGGCUCAGCAACUCUGGUCCUACUGAAACCCCAAACACGGGACCAGCAGGAGACCACACCAACGGCGAAGGAAAAUACCUUUACAUCAAGAGCUCCAAACCAAGUGUGAAGGGAAAUACUGCACAACUGAAGUCUUCACUGCUGCCAUCUGCUGGUGACAAAGGAUACUGUUUCACAUUUUGGCACCAUAUGUUCGGAGCUACUGUUGGCUCUCUGAGGAUGCUUCUAAAAACAGCUGAUCAUUUGAAGAAAACACUGGUGUGGCAAAAAUCAGGAAACCAAGGGGACGAGUGGCAAGUGGUGCAGAUCCACGUGACCCUGCAGAAAGUCCAUCAAGUGGUUCUGGAGGCCACGGUUGGAGGAGAGGCCGGAGAUAUAGCCAUCGAUGACAUGUCCUUCAUCAGUGGACCGUGUCCCCCCUCUGCUCUGUGUGACUUUGAGGAGGGGAGCUGUAACUGGCAGCAGCAGACCACCGAUGACUUUGACUGGGUCCGUCAGUCGGGCCACACCUUUAAUCCCAACACAGGGCCAGACAGCGACCACACCACAAACACACCCACAGGACAUUACUAUCUCCUGCCCUCCUCUGCCUCCGACGAUGCCGGCCAGACGGCCAAAAUGUCCUCACCACCGUACUCUGCAGGUCAAGGAGCGUGUUUGCAACUUUGGUACCACAUGUAUGGCGCGGGCAUGGGGGUGCUGAACGUUUACCAGCAGAGUGAAGAAGGGAAGCGAGCUCUGAUUUUCUCUCAGGCAGGAGACCAGGGCCGGCUGUGGAGGCUCGCUCAGGCUUCACUUCUGCCCUGGGUUCAGCCUUACAGGAUAGUGGUGGAGGGUGUAAAGGCUGGCCCUACACAGGAGGGAGACAUGGCUUUUGAUGAUGUCAUGCUGACAGACACUCAGUGUCCUACUCAUGGACGUUGUGACUUUGAGAUCAACAUGUGCAGCUGGACCAACCUGGGAGGAAAAGUCGACCAGGGGGACUGGCUCCGCGGCAGUGGAGCCUCCCCAAACCCCAACACCGGACCCAGUGUUGAUCACACCACAAACUCUACACAUGGUCAUUAUCUGUACGUGGACAGCUCAGUGGGCGAGUGGGGAGACAUGUCCUUUGUGGUUAGUGAUGUGUUCUCUCCAACCACUAGAGGUCACUGUCUGUCAUUCUGGUAUCACAUGUAUGGCAACCAUGUUGGGACUCUGAGAGUUUACAUAAAUGACAGAAACACACAUACUGGUGGUAAUGAAGAAGGAACUCUGAUAUGGAUAGAGGCAGGAAACAAAGGAGACAAGUGGAACGAGGCCAGAGUGUCUAUUAAACCUACAGAAGCAUUUUGGUUUGUGUUUGUGUACCAGAGGGGGAUGACUACAGGGGGGGAUGUUGCUCUUGAUGACAUCAUCAUACUCUCCAGCGGUUGCUACACAGACCCCAUUGGCCCUACUGAUCAUAAUAAUGACAUGUCCGUGGGUCUGGCAGUGGGUCUCACUCUGCUGGCUGGAGUCAUCAUCACCAUCCUCCUCUUCAUGCUGAACAGAAAGUGGAGAACAAUGAACGAGCCGUCAAUUAUGCACAACGACUCAACUGACCAAAACUCUGCUUUGGACGUUUUUGAAAGCAAAACAGAUGUCACACAACAUGAAUCUGACUUCUCCUUCUUCAACAAACUGUACGAUCCUUCCACGAAUGUGCCUGACACCGCUACGACCUCAUCUGAUGCCUAAUCCAGAUUAAUAACUACAAUCAAUCACAUAAACCACAUGUGUUAUCAGUGCUGGUGUUCCCUCAAACAGAGAUAUGUAAUGGCAGGAUCAGUGGCUUUUUCUUUCAAUAAUGACAACUGGAAAUGUAUUAUACUAACAUACGUUAUUUAUUGCCUGAAAAUCCUUCCAUGCAGAGAAACAGAACUGCCUAGCUGAGAAUAAGUGACACUUGUACUUUGAAAAUUAAAACUGUGUAUAAAUGUGUUGAAACUAAGAUUUGGUCUUAGCGUAUGUCAUGCUGUUUGUUGUGGAACCAGCAGAAUCAACUCUCCUGUUGAACUGGUUUUUGGUAAUGGAUGAGGUGUGAACAAUGCUGAGUAAAGUGUUUCUGUCUAAAUCUUACAUUAUCAAAGUGAAAGUCAACUACAUUGAAACAGACAGAAAUAAUAACUGUGUUUUCUCAUAGUUUAUGAACACUUUUUGUUUGUUCAUGAAGUAUAUAUGUGAGACUUAAAAAGAUAAAACAUCACUUUUUUUAAAUGCCAACAAAUAUGAACUGUAAAUGAUCAACAGUGGCUUUAUGUGCCAGGUAAGCACAGAAAAACAAACGUGUAAAAGUGUGCAAAUAAAUUCAAUCUCUAUCUUGUGA